GUCCUGGUGGCUGAAAGCUGCUGAACAAAGUGAAGAAAGGGAAAGAGUGAGUGAGACCUGAAGGAAACGUCAUCAAAACGCUCCGGAAGCAUCCGACAAUGAAGGCUGUGAUUUACCAUGCCUUUUCUCAUAAAGAAGCCAAGGAGCACGAUGUACAGGAGCUGGGAAGCCAGCUGGCUGAGGCCUUUGUGAGGGCCUUCCUGAAGCAGAGCAUACCUCACUGGAGCCAGCAAGACUGUGAGAGCCAUCUGCAACGCAAGGCUGUGGUCUUGGAAUACUUGUCAGAAGCCAAAGCAGCAGCAGAAGAAAUCCAAAGGCCUCACUGCCAAACAGAGGAGAGACAUGAGGCUCUUUGACAU